ACAAAAAAAAAAUAUUAUGUGAUUUUAAACAAAACUAGAUAAAAUAUUUACACCAAAAUAACAAAAAUAUAAGUGACUCGGAUUUUGCCCCAAGUAUUUUCUGGAUUGACCCCGAAAUUUUCUCAAGUGUCCCCAAAUCUGUGAAACAAUGGCGACGGUAUAAGUGUCAAGUAGGGAUUGGGAGCGUUCAAAAUGUUAACCAUGUCCACUUUAAUGAUGCCUGCCGCGACUAUGACAACGAUGACAAAUGCGGGGCCAAUACCGGUGGCCGCGGCGACAAAACUCGAGCCCAAAUUACUGCAAUUGCCCCAUCCAGCGUUGAUGCCACAAAUACAACAACAGCCGCCACAACAACACCACCAUCAACAUCCGCACGGGAACAACAACAAACUCGAACACUAUCACAUUUUCGUCGGCGACCUCAGUCCUGAAAUCGAAACGCAAAACCUCCGGGACGCGUUCGCACCUUUUGGAGAAAUAUCCGAUUGCCGAGUGGUACGGGACCCACAGACCCUAAAAUCCAAAGGAUAUGGAUUUGUCUCGUUUUUAAAGAAAUCGGAAGCGGAGUCGGCUAUCACGGCGAUGAAUGGCCAGUGGCUGGGUUCCAGGUCGAUCAGAACCAACUGGGCGACACGGAAACCUCCCGCGCCGAAGAACGAACUAAAUUCAAAACCCCUGACCUUCGACGAGGUCUACAACCAGAGCUCACCAACCAAUUGUACGGUGUACUGCGGCGGCCUCACCACCGGCCUCACGGAAGAGCUGAUGCAGAAGACCUUCCAGCCCUUCGGCACCAUCCAGGAAAUACGGGUCUUUAAGGAUAAGGGAUAUGCUUUCAUCAGAUUCUCAACGAAAGAGAGCGCCACCCACGCGAUCGUUGCAGUGCACAACACAGACGUGAACGGUCAACCAGUCAAAUGCUCCUGGGGGAAGGAGUCUGGAGACCCCAACAACGCGCAGACGCAGGGGCAGUUGGGCGGCACAGCCUACAGUCCGUUCGGCGCGUACACCGGUGGAGUACCUCCUGCGUCGUACUGGUACAACACGUACCCCCAGCAACUCGGCGGCUUCCUGCAGGGCGUCCAGGGGGUCCAGGGGUACUCCUACGCGGGCCAGUUCGCGGGCUACCAGCAGCAAUACAUGGGCAUGGGCGGCGUGCAGCUCCCGUGGGCGCUGGGUGGUGGUGUAGGCGGCGUGGGCGGCGUGGGCGGUGUGGGCGGCGUGGGCGGCGUCGCGGCCAUGUCCCAACCCCCGCAGGUUCUGCACUACCCCGUGCAGCACUUUCAAGUUCAGCCGAUCGGUGAGGACGAAUGGCUGGCCCCCAGCUUGCUGGUGUGAGGCCAACGCGCCGCAUCGCAAGACCCCGCCUGCUGCUGUCUGCACAAGGAGUGGAUGUGAACACCCCCCUUUUGCUCCAACUCCUCGAUAAAACACACUUCUUGCCGUUUCCGAUUGCAUUCUUGUCGUUUUGUUGAACAUUCUUGUUGAUUUUCUGAACAUUCUUGUCGUUUUGGCGAACAUUCUUGUUGAUUUCGUCGAAUAUUCGAACGAAUUUUUAUGUUAAUUUAAAUCGAAUUCU